AUGCUGGUAGAGUCAAAGUCUUCUUGCAAUCUCGAAGAUAGCCAGUCUAAGGCUUUCACUCGUGGACUGAAGCAGAGCGUUGGGGCGGGAUCAAACUACGGCCGUCGCUUUCUGAUCGACGGCAUAACUAACCACCGCGCUAUUCCCAGUCCACGUUAUACAGCGAAAUGUCAACAAGCCUUGGCUGCAUUCUUCAUUGAGAAAAUCGGAAAGAAUGCCGCUAGUGCUGAUAACACUUUAUCACAUCAACAUACAAUUAGUAUGUGUUUAUGCCUAUCCUCUGCAUCACUCGGUUAUGAUCUCGUGAUUUCUGUCAACAUUUUCAUGGGCUGA